GAGCGUCAGUUGCGUUUUGUCAGCGCGUUCGUCACGCAGCACCGCGAAAGCGAGAUAAACAAAGCGGCAAAAGGAGAAGCGAAAUUAAUAGUUCGCUAACAAAAAACCGAAACGAAACUCCUCUGCAUACGUGUGUGCGUGACUGUGUUCGUGUAUUAGUGCAUUAGUGAGUGAGUGUGUGUGUGUGAGUGCAUGCGAAAAUGGGACAAGAGGAUCAGGAGCUUUUGAUACGCGGCGGGGGAAGCAAACACACCUCCGCAGAGCAGCUACAUCACAGUCCUGGAGAAGGCGCCACUGGCCCUGUGGCAGCAACAGCGCAGAGCUGCAUUAGCCAAAGCUUUGGCCAGACCAAGAACUAUGGCACAUUGAGCAGCAGCGGAGAAUUGCCCGAGACUCUCACCUACGCCUGGCACAACGUCGACAUCUUUGGCGCCGUCCAUCAGCCGGGCUCCAAUUGGCGCCAGCUCGUCAAUCGCACACGCGGUCUCUUCUGCAACGAGCGCCACAUUCCGGCUCCGCGCAAGCAUCUGCUCAAGAAUGUUUGUGGCGUUGCCUAUCCGGGUGAGUUGCUCGCUGUCAUGGGCAGCUCUGGAGCAGGCAAGACAACGCUCCUCAAUGCGCUCGCCUUUCGCUCGCCGCAAGGAGUUCAAGUCUCUCCCUCAAGUGUGCGUCUGCUCAACGGUCAGCCGGUGGAUGCCAAGGAGAUGCAGGCACGUUGCGCCUAUGUGCAGCAGGAUGAUCUGUUCAUUGGCUCGCUCACGGCACGGGAGCAUCUCAUCUUUCAGGCCAUGGUCCGAAUGCCACGUCAGCUGAGCUAUCGCCAGCGUGUGGCUCGAGUGGAUCAGGUUAUCCAGGAGCUGUCGCUCAGCAAAUGCCAGCACACGAUCAUCGGUGUGCCAGGUCGAGUGAAGGGUUUAUCUGGUGGCGAGAGGAAGCGACUUGCCUUUGCCUCGGAGGCACUCACCGAUCCUCCGCUGCUCAUUUGCGAUGAGCCCACCUCGGGAUUGGAUUCGUUCACUGCUCACAGUGUUGUGCAGGUGCUGAAGAAGCUGUCGCAGAAGGGCAAGACCGUCAUCCUGACCAUCCAUCAGCCGUCGUCGGAGUUGUUCGAGCUCUUCGACAAGAUCCUCCUCAUCGCCGAGGGGCGUGUCGCCUUCCUUGGCACGCCCAGCGAGGCCGUCGACUUCUUUUCAUACGUGGGCGCCCAGUGUCCGACCAACUACAAUCCGGCGGAUUUCUAUGUGCAGGUGCUGGCGAUAGUUCCAGGACGUGAGGUGGAGUCGAGGGAGCGGAUUGGAAAGAUCUGCGAUAACUUUGCCAUCAGCAAAGUAGCUCGGGAUAUGGAACAGCUGUUGGCAGCAAAGACGCAGACGCAGCCGCUGGAGCAGCCGGAGAAUGGUUACACCUACAAGGCCACCUGGUUCAUGCAGUUCCGAGCUGUCCUCUGGAGAUCCUGGUUGUCGGUGCUCAAGGAGCCGCUGCUGGUCAAAGUGCGACUCAUUCAGACCACGAUGGUGGCUGUUUUGAUUGGACUCAUCUUUUUGGGGCAGCAGCUGACGCAAGUGGGCGUGAUGAACAUCAACGGGGCCAUCUUUCUCUUCCUGACCAACAUGACCUUCCAGAAUGUGUUUGCCACCAUCAACGUCUUUACCUCGGAGCUGCCUGUGUUUAUGCGAGAGGCACGAAGUCGACUCUAUCGGUGCGACACGUAUUUUCUGGGCAAGACUAUAGCGGAGCUGCCGCUCUUCCUCACCGUUCCCUUUGUGUUCACGGCGAUUGCGUAUCCGAUGAUUGGACUGCGAGCUGGCGCCUUGCACUUUUUCAAUUGUUUGGCUCUGGUCACACUGGUUGCGAAUGUCUCCACCUCGUUUGGUUAUCUGAUAUCCUGCGCCAGCUCAUCCACAUCGAUGGCCCUGUCCGUGGGUCCGCCUGUCAUCAUUCCGUUCCUGCUCUUCGGCGGCUUCUUCCUCAACUCCGGCUCGGUGCCCAUCUAUCUGAAGUGGCUGUCGUAUCUGUCGUGGUUUCGCUAUGCCAAUGAGGGACUGCUUAUCAAUCAGUGGGCUGAUGUGGAGGCUGGCGAGAUUAGCUGCACUUCAUCGAAUACGACGUGUCCGAGCUCUGGGAAAGUCAUUCUGGAAACACUCAACUUUUCGGCUGCUGAUUUGCCCCUCGAUUACAUUGGAUUGGUUUUGCUCAUCAUCAGCUUUCGAGGAUUCGCCUAUUUAGCGCUGCGACUGCGUGCCCGACGCAAGGAAUAAAAAAAACAUCAUAUACAUACUAUAUAUAUAUACACAUGCAUACACUCUAUAUAUAUAAACACUUUUUUUUUUUUUUUAAUUGUUUAUUUGUGUUAAAUUGUUUAGCCCAUAAACCACAAAACUGCUGGAGAAAAGCAACAUUUACUGUUUAGUAUGCUUGGCAUUUUAAAUUAAAUAUGCUU